AUGACAAGCAUGUAUUGCAUAAACAAUACAAAAUCAAGAGCAAAAGAAUUAGGAAUUAUCUUAGUUGAUCCUUACAAGUUUAGAACAAAACUGAAUAUAUUUACUAAAAUUAGAGAAGGACCACUUUGA